GGGUUUUUUAUGGUGAUGAAGCCGCACCUGGACACUGAUGAUGCUCGAUAAAACAUCAGACCAUGUGGCUUCUGCAUAUUUUAUAUACUUCCCCUUUAUACCACUUCUCUUGUGGGCAAUGCUUCAUGCUAAGGCACAAUUACUGGAAGCACUUCAUCACUGAAUCUGCAUAAUCAAGUUAAUCGACCACUGGCAGUGCGGGCAAGGAGAAAUGUGGCGUCACCACUGCUGGUGUGGCUGAGAUUUGAGUCUGGAACUUUCUUAGUGUUGUACAUAUUCCAGAGAAUCAUAAAUGCAUAUGUUCUUGUGUUUUUCUUUUAGUUUUUAUUACAUGCUCAAAUUGUAAGCAGUAUAAGUCAAACCUCCUCAUAAUUUUUAUCUAAGUUGCAUAAAUGGCUUUCUGCAUUGUUUCUUGACCUGGAUACAAAUAAUCCAACUGUUAUAGUAGAAUUAGGAACUUAAAAGGACCGUUAUAAGAAAUCUGGGAUAGUUAAAGGUUUUACCAUGUCAAAAAUUACUCCUACCUAUGUUUAAAACGUAUGGUUUAAAAAUAUAUCUGAUAUCUACAGAAAUGUUUUUGCAGGGUACUAUUUCUAUUCUAAAAUAUUCAUCAACAAUAUUGCUGCUCUUGCGUGUUCUAAAAUAUUAAUCAGCAGAAAAGUUGACUUUUAUGUUCUAGAAGAGUGCAUAUUUACCAUUUGAGUUUGGUUGAAAGUGGUCUGCUGGAUUGUGCUAAUUUAACCUUUUUUUAUUGGUGAGCGAGGUCAGGCCCUGCUCACCCCCAUUAACCAAAUUAGACCCAAAUGCAUUCCACUCGGGAACAAGGGUUGUCCCCGCAGACAAUCCCUUAUCACCCCUGCCCCCCCCCCCAAGAAAACUCUGGGCCCCAAAUUGUCGAAGGACAAUGUGGACCUGACGCCUGUCUUCAUGCGCGCCCCCCUGAGCAAGUCAGGUGACCGGAUCACCUCUCUGGCAGGGCAAGCCCAGCUUGAACCUAGUGACCAAUUGGUCAAGCAAACUCUGCAUUCCAGUAUCUCACCUUUCUCUUUGUGAGGGCAGAUCAAACUCCUCAGAUCAUAAAUACCACAAAACCAAUCCCAGCCAACUGAUGGCCGAAAGUACAGCUGUUGCCAGGACCUAAUCCUUCCAAUAAGAACCCCUAUAUUAUGGAUAAGAUUUGGUCACCACAACCAACACAAGCAAAUCUCAACAGGUGAACUUUUCUGGCAGAUGCUAGCCCAAGGAGUAAUUGCUAAGAACAGCUACUACACUUGAUCUUAGCCAAAAGAAGAAGCGAAUAGUAAUUGGAUCCUGGAAUUUUAAACUUCAAUUUUUUUAUGACAAAAAGCAAAAUAAUGGUUUAAUUGUUAACCUGAAUAGCCCAAAACAGUAUGGGCUUCUGAUGGCAUUAACUGUGUGAGCGUGUACUUUUAUAUUUUAUAUUGUAGGGUUUAUGAGUAUUUUUCACACCAGUGUGUAGGAAGAGAACUAGGUAGGAUAGGCUGUGCUAUUGUCAGAGGAGAUUUUUUGGUAGCUACUAUCUCAAGUAUUACAAAUGUCUGAUUGCUUAGAAAGCUAAAAUAGAAAAGCAAGAAAAACCUAGUGUGGCUAUUCUUAAAAUGCAGAUUUUGAACAGAGUCUCACAGACAAUUGCAUUUUUAAAGAUAAAAAAUGUAAUUAUUAGAAAAGUUAGUCAUCUUACGAAAACAAGGAAGUAAUUGCCAUUAUUUACAAGUUUCUGAAGUUAAAUCAAUUGGCGUCAGAAGUAGCAGUUGACUGAUUGUCUUUGCUUUACUGUAUGUUAACCUUUCAGCUAGUCAUGUGGCAAUUGUAUGCUAUAACCUCUCAUGCUCCCAAUUUGCCACCUCUUAGAUUAAAGUAGAUGUAACACUUUUACUUAAAAAUAGAUUACCAGCUUUUCUACAUUUUUGUCAUCUAAUAGAUGAGACAGACAAGUAAAGAUAGUAAAAGACAAGACAUUUAGCUGCUAGACAACUAUCUCUCCUCUCCCCUAAACUCACUCGUUCACCCCACUGAAAUCCAGAACCAUUUCCCACUCUUUCUGGUACAGCAGCCACAUCCGCUUCCUUAAAUCCAAGACCUAUGUGGGUGGUUGAACCUAGUUGGCAUGAAACUGGCCUUCACAGUUUACUGCCAGAUCUAGCUUGAAGACCAAUGUGCUUUCCUUCAACGCUGGAGGCCAAAAAUGAUCCCAAGCUCCUGUUUUGCGCACACACAACCUCCACUAUGCCCUCCUCAAGCACCCUCCAUCCUCAUCUCAGUCACCAAAUGGAAAGAGGUCCUGGGCUUUCUCGCAUCAAAAAUCCAAAUGGCUGUUUCUGCCACAGUGUCCCCUCAACCCCUUUGCCCUUGUCUUCCUGAACUCCUAUUUCCUUCUCCACUGCUCCCUCCCUACACUCAUUGACUCAUUUCUACCUCAUCCCUCAAACCCCCCCUCAUCAAUCCGAUGAAAUCUACCAUUUACUCCCUCAAUCCCAUCUCCACCCAUCUGUUGACCUUCCAACCGCCGCUCCUCUCCCCCUCAGAACUGCGGUUAGCACUCCUCUCAAAAAAAAACUGUUGAUGAUACCCAAAUCUAUUUUUCCUCCUCUAGUCACGACCCCAGUCCUGCUGAUGUUCUGACUGCCUGCUUGUUUGGCCUCAAGGCCUGGAUGAACACCAACCUUCUGCAGCUAAAUUUGGACAAGAUAGACGCCAUCCUCUUUGGCUCCCAUCAACCCAUCUUCUCAGUUACAGUUUCUGAACUCCUUAAUCUUCCCUGCCUUUUCUUCAGACUUGCUGAACCUAUACACAACCUUGGCGUCACAAUCGAUCCGCAGUUAUCCUUUGUGCCCCACAUCCAGUCCCUAACCGGGACUGCCUUCCUCCGGCACAUUAUCUGAUCGUCUGCCUUCGUCCCUAUCUUAUUUUAAAUGCUGCUGAAAUUCUCAUUCGCGCUUUCAUCACUUUCCACCUCAAUUUUUCUAGUGCAUUCCUCCCAGUCUCCCCAGAUCCACUAUUAAAAAGGUUCAAGUGAUUCAAAACUCUACCGCCCAUGUCCUCACCUUUACCAGGCUCCGUGCUCCCAUCACCCUAGUUCUUGCCAGGCUCCACUAGCUCCCUGUUGCAGAAUGGAUUGAUUUCAAGAUCUUCACUCACCUUCAAAUUUUUCACACCUUGGCACCUCUCUACCUAUCCGAUCUGCUCACAUACACCCCUCUAUCCACCACCUUCGCUCAGCUGGCAUGGGUCAGCUUCACGUCUCUCAUCACAUCCACUCCACAAUUGACGACGUACUUUCAGUCACUAUGCACUGGAUCUUCUUGCCUCAGUCCCUCCAUAUUGCCCCCUCUCUGCCCAUCUUCAAAUUACACCAGAAGACUUUCCUCCUUUGGUUACUCGCCCCCCCUCCCCUCCCCCCUUCUCUUUUCUGGCCCAACAUGAAGCCAUGUUAAUUUUGUUAAGCGAUCUGCGUGAGGGGUGCAAUAUAAAUAUAAAUGUUGUUGAGAUAUAACAAACAUUUUAAAGUUUCUACGUAGUAUAGGCAGUUGGAUAGUUAUCUUGUGCACAGAAUUGGAGAACAGCAGAGAGAUUUUGCUUGUAGUACAUGUGAAUUGAAUAGUAAAGAUGAGGCAAUAGAAUAGAUGAUUUUUUAGGCCGCUUGGUUGGUUAUCUUUAGGUAGCAUGGAGUAUUAGGCUGUUUUUAUAUUCUGGGAUCCGGAGUCCUGAAAUGCACAGGCUGUUCCUGCAUUUUAGAGCUUUGAAUGGUUUUAUAUGCAAAAUCCCUGUCGAUUUGCUUGUUUUCGUGCCUCUGGUGUGGGCAGAGAUUGCUGCUCUGAGGAGUGCAGAUGUGGCCAUUGCUCCUGACCUGUGCAUAUCUGAGAACUCCUUGAUGGUAUGCUUCAAACUACUGGUGAGAUGGUUAGCCCAUGGCUCAGCGUGGCGGAUAAACAGAAGACCUGGACUGGUUUGCCACUGAUUGGUCAAGGCACUGAUAUAAAUGUGUCUUCCAUCCAUAUGGUGGGAUAUUUGGGAAAAGCUGCUGAAAACUUGUCGCCCAGUGUAGGUGAAUCCUGUCCGGUUUGUGCAGCAAAAGGAAGAAAGCAACAUUUGCGAACGUUUUGUAUUAGCUGGAAGGAAUCUAUUCUUCUUUGUGAAAAUCCACAGUGUAUCUUUCCUUUGGGAAGUAAACCACUGAAUGAAAUCCUCAUUUCUUCCGUGCGGAGUCCUCAGCCAUCGGCCUGUCGCCUAAAACGGCAAAAAAUCUCCAACUCUGUAGAUAACAGAGACACUUGGAGUGGUUUUAAUGUUACAACCAAGAAAUCUGCAUCUGAGCCUUUAGAGAGAAACUCUAGCUCAACUGAUACUCUGGUCUCUUGUACAGAAAAGGAUCCUCAAUUUAGUGUCCUUAGCUCUCAAAGUAGCCAUGGCGUAUUUGUCCCAGAGAAACCAACUCCUGUGGUUCCUGGACAGUUUUCGUGCAAGAGGAAGGAACUACCAACAGAAACUGAAAUUUGUGCUGAAACAAAAUCAGAAGUCCCUGCAAAGGGAUCAAGUCCUGAAUCUUUUCAUCUUCAAUGGAAGAACAAAUCUGCUCUCUGCUGGCUAGACUGCAUAUUAACAACUUUGGUCCACUUGAAAUCAAUAAGAAAAGCCAUUAGAAACCUAGGCACGGAAGUGGAGUCCCCAGUUAAUAGGUUAUGCGUGGAAUACGAUCGAGCAUGUGGACUGUUAUCUUACUCCAAGGGUGGUAAAGGUAAUGGAGUGAGAGGAGUAUCUGGUAAAAUGAUGUGUCAGGUAGAAUACAUCCUCAAUGAGAUCCGAGAGUCUAUUUUCCUACUGCUUCAACCAAGACUCAAAUGUGAAUUAGGAAAGCAUGAUAGUCCGGUCUUUGCUCUUCCACUUCUGUUAAAGGCAGAUCCGUAUAUUGAAGAGCUGUUCGUGACGACAUAUACCUAUAGUUUUGAAUGUGACAAAUGUGGAUACAAAAAUGUAGAGAGGCAUGCCAAGACAUUACCUACAGUUACAAAUUUACUUCCAGAUUGGCAUCCAUUGAAUGGUAUUUUGGUUUCACCUUGCAAUAAAUGUCAAGAUAUAUCUCAGAGACGGAAGAUGAUUCUCAACCAAUUACCAUCUAUAUUUAUGCUGCAUUUCGUGAAUGGUCUACCACAUGCUGACUUGGAUAGCUACGGGUUUUGCUUUGAGGGUAUUUCAUACAAAAUCUGCACAAUUAUUCAAUACAUACAGACUAAGCAGCAUUUUGUCUCAUGGAUUCAGAAUUCUGAUGAGUCAUGGCUUGAAUGUGAUGACUUGAAAGGAUCGAAUUGCUCCAGGCACGCAACCUUAAAUGUUCCUGCACAUGAAAUUCACAUUGCCAUGUGGGAAAAGGACAAAUAUGGCAAUACAACUGGGAAUCAAGAACAAGCAUUGGCUACUGAGACUACAAAACCAAAUGCAAACUGUGUAACGGAAAGUACUGAUCCAGAUACAAAAAGCAAUUUGCUUUCUGGUUUGGAACACCUGGAAAACAACACAAUUGUAACCCUGAAUCUUAUUAAGGUUGAAGCAGACAGUGAGGAGAAACCAGUAACAGUGACACCUAAUGAUGAGCAAUGUCAUUUGCUUACACAAAACAAUGCAUCAUCACAAAAUUCUUCUGAUGAUCAUAAUGAAUCUGUCCAGCUUUGCUUUAAGGUGGCGAAUCCUAAUGAAAAAUGUUUGCAAGGGAAUCACACGACUACUGCCAAACCUGAUGUUCAACCAAGCUAUAUUCUGAACUCUGAAGCUGCUUCCUGCUCACUGAGUACACCUCAACUACAACUACAACUCACUGAUACUGAUGCUUGUAGAUAUCCUGUAUCAAAGGGAAGGUGUUCCAAACUGAAAGUAAUUAAGGUUAAGCCAGCUACAGCUAAUGUAAGACAAGAAAAGUUAAUGCAAAUAAGUUCAGAAAUGCCUGUUCUGUGUCCUGGUAAACAAACAAAAGCCGGUUGUGUCACAUCACCGCCAUCAAAUCAAACCUUGAAAAAAACUGCUUCACCUGAUCCGUCUCUACCUGUAACAACUAAGAGAUAUUUUGGUACAAGCUGGUCAAAGAACCUGAUGGAUCGACAGAUUUCAUCAAUAGCCAGUGGUAUGUCUAAAACAAUACUCAAAAAUCAUGUUACUAGUAGUCGCAGUGUACCUGUUUCACUUAAAGUGACUGAUUCAAAUCGUCCUAUAAAAGAACAUUUUGAUGGGUUUAAAAUCAAAGGUCUUGCAAAGUGUGCAGGAAAGGCAACCAAAAUGGUACCAAAAGACUUUUCAAAUGUACAGAAUACCUGCAAUCUGCUUGAACACUUUGGUGGUAUAAAGGAAAACAACAAAGAAUUGUUACCUAUGAAAAUCUCUUCAGUUGUACAUACGUCAAACAAGAUGCAUCAACCUAGUGUGCCACCUUCAAACCAUGUUCAACCCACAGUGUAUCAGACAGAGCAUUCUAGCGUAGAGCUUUGGGGUUCAACGUCUGGUAAAAAAGAGUUCCUUAACACUGAUACAAAACCUCAGAAGCUUCGUCUCAAACUGCUCAAAAAACUACAAGUAAAAAAGGAUCGGUUAGCUGCACUUGAUCAACAAAUGAAGACUAAGCAUUGCGCUAAAAAUGUCAAUUCCACCACGAGAAUGUUGUCAAAUAUCCCAAAUAAUACUGGAAGCAGGAUGUUCCAUGAUGUAUUGAAUGAGCUUUGCCAUCAGCUUGGUGUUGAAGACCAUGACUCUAUCUGUACAUCUAGUUCCAGUGCUUCAGUAAGUAGCAGCUCAAGCAAUGAUGAUAUAUUUGCAGAAUUGUUUUCACCCACAUCCACUGCUUCUACUUAUGAGGAUGACAUUGGGUAUAAUGACUUGUCAACAGGUAUUCAAGAAGUAAAGUGUGCUGAAGUAAUUAACAGCUCUCUUCCAGCUAAGGAAAACAUAUUGGGAGAUUUAUUGUCCACAACAACACUCAAUUCUUUUACAGGAGGUCCUGAAGAGGAAUUGCUUCACUUUGAUGAAAAGCUUUUUGAGAACUGCUGAUUAGUUUUUUGUUGGUAAAAGAGGGAAACCACAGAAGGCUUUUGGCGUAAAUAACUUCAAUUUUGCCUGUUUAAAAUUAAGUCUUGUGCUUAGGUUUUUGCUGUUUUCAUUUUAAAAUAUUCAUUAAAUGCAAUGUUUAAAUAAUUUGGAAUAUACUUGAAUAGGAACCUGGGUAGAAGAUGUUCAUGCAGUUUCUGCAGCCAGUCUUUAGUGAUGUUUACCAGACAAAACACUACUGUUUUUUGAGAAUUUUUAUAAAAUGGUUAGCUGAUCUCUAAAUUCUACAAAAGUAAUCAAUGUUUCUUGGUGAAUUUCAUUGUUUUAAUAAAAUGCUGUUUGGUUGUUGUCGAUCAACAGAGUGCACUCGCCAUUGGAUCAUGAACAAAAUAGUUUUCUCAUCUCUGGUUUCAGGUGACCAUUGUAAAUGCUCUUGUUUUAUUACAAGAUCACUGUCUUGUAAUCACUCUGAAGUAUUCAUUCAUACAUAUAGGUUUCAGAACAAUUUGGCGCUUUCACAGCAUGCUGCUCAGUUGUGUAAUCGAUUCCCUCCUGUAAAUAAUGGAUUCUUUAAAAUUGAGAUUUAAAGAGGCAGCAGCAUUGGAAUUGAAAUGUAGAUUUGGCAUGUGAUGUAAAAUAUAAUGUUCUUUUUUAUUGAAGUAGUUUCCUUAUUUAAAAAAAUUUAAAUUGUAAAGUUGCACAAAAUGUUUGAUAGUUUAUUUUUGUUUGACCGUUGUUUGGAACUAUCAAAGUUGUAUUCUAAUCUGUUUCAGCUGAGUUUUUUAUUGCCCAAUAAAAUUGUCACCCAUUUUAAA